UCAGCCUGGUCAAGGUGGUCAAGGUGGUCAGACACAAACUGGCACUCAACUUCCUGGCUCAUCAACGGAUCCUUCUAUGAGUACCACUGCAACAGAUCCCUCAGUUCAACCUGGACACGGUGGACAUGGUGGUCAAACACAAACUGGCACUCAACUUCCUGGCUUAUCAACGGAUCCUUCUACAAGUACUACUGCAACGGAUCCUUCAGUUCAGCCUGGACAAGGUGGUCAAACACAAACUGGUACUCAACUUCCUGGCUCAUCAACAGAUCCUCCUACAAGUACUACUGCAACGGAUCCCUCAGUACAAGCUAGUCAAGGUGGUCAAGUUCAGCCUGGACAAGGUGGUCAAUCACAAACUGGCACUCAACUUCCUGGCUCAUCAACUGAUCCUUCCACAAGUUCUACUGUAACGGAUCCCUCAGUUCAGCCUGGUCAAGGUGGUCAAGGUGGUCAAUCACAAACUGACACUCAACCUCCUGUCUCAUCAACGGAUCCUUCUAUUUUUAAUGGAAAAACUGACGAAUAUCCAUUGGAGAAACGAAUAUGUGGUGAUUUCAAGUCAGUGAGUCCGAUUAUAUCGGAGGGAAAUUACUUGCUUAUACGGUAUGAGUACGCGGUUGUAGGCUUAAAAAUUGACACAUUGUCUUUUGAAGCAAGAUAUAGUCGGAUUUGUGAGGACAAAUUUUUCGGUCCUGAUGAUGGAAUUUUUAUGACACCCAAUUAUCCUAACCCCUAUUUUGAUCAUAUGACUUGUACAUAUGACAUUUAUGGUCCAUUGGGGAGUGUGAUCCAUAUUAAGUUUGCAGAUUUUCAAAUAUCUGAAAGUGUGCCAACGCUUCUGGAUGAAGAUGGCCACAAUGUGAAAUUGAAGCAACUUAACGACAGUGAUGUUGAUGAAAAUCUUAAUUUUGUUGAGGUUUAUCUAUCUAAGAUAAGUAAACGUCGAUUUUAUAAGAAUGCUACUCCAGAACCAUUGGUAUCCAGCCAAAAUCACUUGCGUAUUAUUUUCAAAACGGCAGAAAAUAGUCGUAGGGCGAGAGGAUUAAAAAUAGAAUAUUCUUUUGAAACUGUGCGUUGUGGUGGAAUUUUCACGGAAUCACGUAACAGUUACGAAAGCAACGAGAAGCUCAGUGACGUCUCUUAUUGUGAAUGGAUUAUUGAAGCACCAGAAAAUAAACACAUAUCUUUGACUCUAACCUACACACCACCACAAAAUGCCAAUAACUUCAGUCUUUCCUUGCAUUCAAAACUACCUGAUACCAAAGACGAAAAGCUUCUGGCUAGUUACUCUCAAAAUAUUUAUUUGAAUGAAGUGUUUCACACGAGUGUAUUGACAAUAAAGUCUGUUAAUGGCUUAACUAAUUCUUCUGACUACUUUCCGGCGUAUAUAUCUUUCAAUUAUACUUUAGUGGAUAGUGCGGAAAACUGUGGUGGAAAUUUCAGUACAAGGUUCGGUGUACUUACGUCACCUGGUUGGCCAAUGCCUUACGGUAAUGACUUGGAUUGUGUAUGGAUUAUAAUGGCGCCACUCGGUCACACAAUAGAACUUGUGCCUAAGGAAUUCGGUUUGGAGCAAGUUUCGACUGUAUGCGAUGAUGAUUUCUUAGAGAUAAGGAAUGGCAUGUUUAGUAAUUCUCCACUAAUUGGUCAAUAUUGUGGAGUGAAAAUACCAGACCGAAUACCAUCUUUUACAAAUGUGUUAUAUAUACGCUUUGUAUCGGAUUGGUAUAUUUCUGAUAAAGGGUUCAAUAUUGUUUGGCAGCAAACAAGUACUGGUUGCGGAGGCAAACUAGAUUCAUUCUCAGGUUCCAUACAUUCGCCACAUAAUGCGGAAAUAUCUGGUGAAGUGGUGUGUAGUUGGAGUAUAACCGUUUCACCCGGUUCCGUUAUAAAUCUUAAUCUCACUUCUAAUAAUCCAAGUGCCUUAUGUAGGCAAAAUAGUUUAACAAUUUAUGAUGGUCCCUUAACAAAUAGUCCCACACUCAAGCUAAACUGCACAAAUUUCGGAGAUGUGUUAACAUUGCAGUCAACAUCAAACAAAGUACAUGUACGUUAUAGUGCUGAUGGAGAUGGACUUAAAUUUGUACUGAAUUAUGUAACGAAUUGCAACGUAAUCAUUAAUAGUUUGCAGGGCAUCAUCGAAUCUCCUAAUUUUCCAGAAAAUUAUCCAUAUGACUUGAAAUGUGCUUGGGAGUUACGCGGAGGUCGUAAAAUGUCUCUUCUUUUUUCUCAUUUGGAUGUAGAAGGUUCGAAAUUGGACUGUGCAUAUGAUUACAUAGAAGUUGUAGAUAUGCGUAAUGAUGAAGUACUUUCCACUCAACAUUUAUGUUCCAUACCCACAAGUACAAUUACAAACAGUGGCAGCCAUCUCAUAUUAAAAUUUUUCAGCGAUGGCUCCUUUAGUAAAAAAGGAUUUCAUGCAGAGUUCAAAGUUGUUGGAUGUGGUGGUCAUUUAACGGAUAAUAACGGGCGCAUUGAUACCCCCAAUGCUCCAUAUAGUGUAGAUAUCGAUUGCAGAUGGUAUAUAGAGGUCCCAUCAGAUAGACAAAUUGUACUUAAUAUCAACUCAGUUCAAUUUGGUUCAUCGAAACAUUGUGAUUCAGAUUAUGUGAUAAUAUCAGAAUCAUACAAUGCUUUAGAAUUCAACAAGCAGUGCGAAAGAAGUAUUAAACCUUUAAUUUUUACUUCAUUUGCGAAUCGUUUAUUUAUACAUUUUCAUACAAGUGAGAGACGGGAGCAAAAGUUUCUUAAAGCUUCAUACUUCACUAAAAAAGCUGAUUGUGGUGGAACUUAUCAUGGAGGCAGUAACACUAUCUCAUCACCCAACUACCCUCAUGACCAACUGAAAAAUAUCGAAUGUGUUUGGUAUAUAACAGUGGAUGACGGUAAAAAUAUACUCUAUGGAUUGAAUGGAUAUAAUGUGACGAGCUCAUUAAAUUGCACCAGUGCUUCCAUAACAAUUAGUGAAGAAUUAAAUGGAGUUUGGACACCAAAAAAACCAAUUUGUGGUGAUAGUGAAUAUGUAUCUUCAAUGGAUCUUUACAAUCUUUGGUUUAGUGUAGGAAAUCAAAUAAGUAUUACCGUAAAGACCGAUGUUAAUAGUACUGCAAUGUUUGCCUUUUCAUAUUACGAGGAAUGCCAUGUCACGUUAACCGAUACCAGUGGUGUUCUUAGCUCCAUUUCUUCGAAAUAUUGCAAAUGGGUUAUUGUAGCAACAGAAGAAUGUGAUGGUAAGCCUUUACACAGUUUAAAGAUAUAUGACGAUUCUAAAACAUUAUUACACAAUUUUUGUGAGGAGCACACAUCACAUGUUAUCGCAUCAAGUAAUUUGACUAUUCAAGCUCAGUUUAUAAACUUCCGUGCUUCAUACUCCACCAUACAGACGUCAUGUGGUGGUGUUAUAACGUCUCUGCGUGGCACUUUAGCGUCGCCUUAUUAUCCUAGUACUUAUCCAUCAAAUGUAGAAUGUGUUUGGGAUAUACGAGCUUCGAAGGGUAACUUUAUUGAAAUCAAUUUCGUAAACUUGGAUAUGGCAGAGUCAGAUCGUUGCAAUAAUGACUUUUUGGAGCUUCGAACUACAAUUCGUGGUAAAAUAUUAGCAACUUUAUGUGGAAAAAAUAUGCCGACAGCUCCGAUUGUAGUACUUGAAAACAUAUGGAUUAAAUUUCGCAGUGUGGAAGGCAGUUCCGGCAAUGGCUUCAAGUUGACAUGGAACUAUGGUACUUCGCACAAAAUCUCUUCAUUAUCGGCAGUUGCGUAG